CAUACAUUUCAUAACCAAAUAGACUUAUCUAAAAUAGUAACUUGGCUGAAUUAUAAAUCAGUGGGCAGUAUUACUAUAAUAUAGUGCUAUACUAAUAUAGUAAUAUGGCUGGUCUGAAACGAACACUAGAAGGUGAGAUAGAGAUAAGAGUUGCUGGAGGUGAUGUUUUCCAUGAAAUAUUCCAAGACACGCCUCAUCACUUCGCUAAUAUACAUCCUGAAUUCGUGCACGGUUGUGAUUUGCAUGAUGGUGCUUUUGGUAAACCUGGAUCUAAAAUCUGCUGGGAUUAUACUCUAGAUGGAAAGAAACAAUCUGCAAAACAAGUACUUGAAGUGGUAGACGAGGAAAACAAAGUGAUCAGAUUCAAAAUGCUAGAAGGAAAUUUGAUGGAGGAUUAUAACGACUUUGUUAUCACAUAUCAAGUGAUACCUAAAGGUGAGGAAGUUUGCUUAGUUACAUGGACAUUUGUGUACGAGAAGAAACAUCUCGGGAUUCCCGAGCCUUCUUCUUUGAUGGACGAAUUGCUCAAACUUGCCACAAUUGUUGAUGACCAUCACCAUAGCAAGGACAAGUAAAUUAAUCCAUAUUUAAAGUAUAUGUACUAUGAGUCUAUGAUCCAUCGUAUAUUCGUAUGCUUUGUUUUCUAUGUCAUCAUUGUAAAAUAAGGCAAGUUUCGACAUGCCCUUUGAAUUGUAUGUGAUAUGAUCGGGUGGAUCAACUAUCUAUAUGUAAUAUGUUUGUGUAGA